CAAACCGAGGGGGCGCAAACGCUGCAGCAGCAUGGAGGGUCGUGACAGUAAAGAGCCGGAGCAGCUCAGGAAGCUGUUUAUCGGUGGCCUCAGUUUUGAGACCACAGAGGACAGUUUACGCGCUCACUUUGAGCAAUGGGGUAAACUCACUGACUGCGUGGUAAUGAGAGAUCCAGGUAACAAACGCUCACGCGGUUUUGGUUUUGUGACUUACUCUUGCGGAUCAGAAGUGGAUGCGGCGAUGGCAGCACGGCCACACAAAGUGGAUGGUCGUGUGGUUGAGCCCAAGCGUGCCGUUUCCCGAGAGGACUCUAAUAAACCUGGAGCACAUCUAACAGUGAAGAAGAUCUUUGUUGGUGGAAUUAAGGAGGACACAGAAGAAUAUCAUGUCAGAGAGUACUUUGAGCACUAUGGGAAAAUCGAGAGUAUCGAUAUAAUGGAGGAGCGUCCAACUGGGAAAAAGAGAGGAUUCUGUUUUGUCACCUUUGACGAUCAUGAUACUGUAGAUAAAAUUGUUGUACAAAAAUAUCACACAAUCAACUCCCAUAACUGUGAAGUGAGGAAGGCUCUUCCUAAACAGGAAAUGCAGGCAGCUUCUAACCAGAGAUUUUGUGGUGGAGGUGGGGGCAAUUGUAUUGGCAGAGGUGGAAAUUUUGGAGGUGGCAACUUUGGCAGAGGGGGAUACGAAGGAGGCCGGGGCGGCUACGGAGGAGAUGUAUACAAUGGAUUUGGUGGUAACUGUGGGGGUCCUGGCUAUGGAGGUGGUCGUGGGGGAUAUGGUGGAGGUCCUGGAUAUGGUAACCAAGGCAGAGGGGGCUUUGGAGGAUAUGAUAACUACAAUGAUGGAGGAAAAUUUGGUGGUAACUUUGGUGGUGGUGGGGGAGGAGGUGGAAAUUACAAUGACUUUGGGAAUUAUGGAGGGCAGCAGUCCAAUUACGGCCCCAUGAAGGGAAACAACUUUGGAGGAAGGAACUCAGGAGGGCCGUAUGGAGGUGGCUAUGGCUCUGGUGGUGGAGACGGGGGCUUUGGGUCCAGACGAUAUUAACGUGUUUUUGUCUGUGGCUUCAGAUCCACAGUUAGAUGGAGAGAUGAGAGGAAAGAUUACUGAGAGAAAGUGGGAGGGGCCAAGAUCUGCCAGUUAUAGCUCUUAUUGCAGCAGUCUUUAAUGUUAGCUGCGAGAGAGUGUAGCCAGACACUCCAGAACUAGUGUGUGUUAGUGUAUGCACAUUCCUUUGAUAUUCUUCUUUAGCCAUUCAUAUUUUCUUUGUGCUUUCCACACACCCAAAACCCCUCUGUGAUUUUUGUGAGUGUUGUUUGAGAGUAAAAGAAAGCUAUUAUGUAAUCAAACACUGUAUCAAGAGCAGUCUUAAAUAAGUUUCAGAUGUUGUGGCCUUCAGUAUAUUAUUUGGAUAGAAAAAAGGACAUGUUGGUUUUGAUUUUUGAUUUGAUGACAGUGAUGUCAUGUCAGUGUUUUGUAUAUUUUGAUAUAUUGUGAGUAUACAGUGCCUGAGUUGUAUGAACCAUUGAAUGAAAAACAGUAGAAUUUAUGAGAUCUGAGGGCAUGUAACACAUUAAACCUGUAAAGAUAGAAGUUUAGAUUGUUUAACUAUUUUGACAAAUGAAAAAAGAAACCAGCUGAAAUAAAGUUGUGUAGUAACUUGUCUAACCAAGUUUAGUGCAUCAUUGAUUCUGAAAGAGAGUGCAGCUGUUCUGAGCGUAUUUUGUUGUGUACGAGUUUAGAGAGACCUCAAGGCCUAGAUAGGCUGGGCGAUAUAUCAAAAAUUACCAAUACAUUCCUGAUGAUUUUGCUGGCGAUUAAAAAUGUAAACAACAUAGUGAAUGUCGCAAUGGUUUUGAUGCUCUUUAUUUUGCCAUUACGUUUACUAAAGGCUGUGCCUUU